AUGCAACCAAGAAAUGUUAUUAAAUGUGAGUCAUGUCGUGGUGCCUUUCAUUCAGGUCCUAGCAUAAGCAUCGGUGUAGCUUUUCUUCUGGCGAUCAGCUAUGCCUCGUACAAGGUGAUCAACGAAGCAAUAGCCAGGAGACGUAGAAUGAGAUAUUUUAAACGGAAUGGGGGCCGACUACUAGAACAACAAGAAAAAUCCGACCCAUCCUCAAUUGGCAAAACUAUGCUUUUCUCUUUACGUGAAUUAGAGAAAGCCACUGACUGCUUCAGUGAGAAGAGAAUUCUUGGUGUGGGAGGCCAAGGUACAGUUUACAAUGAUGGAAGUUGA